AUCUAUUUGUUAGAUCCGCUCACUCAAUUUGACUAAACAUAAUGAAUGAAUUAAUGAUUAAGGUGGUUGCUCAUAACAGGGCGGUGGGCAGGGAGUUGUUUAAUUAUAUAUGGAACUUGAACAUUUUCUUAUUUAGGGUUCUUCAGAAUCUUGGCUUGCUUAUUGGCCGGGCCCAUUCGAUGUACUACUUAUUCAUAGAAAAACGGGGUGAUAUAAUUAUCACACUAAUUAUAAGCUGACCGUAAUUGACUAAAUUCGGCAAUAAUUAAUAACAAGAAAACAGGGCGACAAAUUUGGAAAGAGUUAUUUUACUAGUUAAGUACAGAUAAGGUAAGAGCAGGUAGCCCAUUUUCGUGGAGUUUCCUGCAAUGCACCUAAAAAUUCGAGAUAUUCCACUGAUAAACAAGUUUUAAUUAUGGAAUCAAAUCCAUUCAUUCGAUCUCCUGUUGGGAGCUAGCUUGGCAGCCCUAGGAUCGAGAACCCCAUAUGUAAAGCAUGCGUACGUAUGUAUAUUAAUUGUUUUCCCAUACUGCAUGUGAAUUUUUUUUUUUUUGUCAAAGCAUACUGCAUGUGAUUAAUUGAUUAUAAAAGUCAUUUUCUUUCAUUAUUAGAGCAUCUCCAACAAUGCAAUCCUUCUUCACUUUCAAGUGUGGUCCCUACUGCCACCUAAACAACUCUAGCAAUUACUUCACUCAUCAAUUUCAUACUAGCUACAUCAAUGCCAUUCCAAUGCAAUUGCACUUCUGGGUCCCACUUACAUUUUAAUACCACACAAAUGGUUGGGAAAAGAAGAAAGAAAAAUAAAAACAAACAAAGGACCCACUUGCAAUUGCAUGUCAGAUUUUCAUGGUGUGCAAAUUUUCAUCCCUUGAAAGUGGUCUUGCAUCAAUGCCAUCCACUUUUUCAAUUGCACAUGGCUGCCACCUCAGCUUGCAAUUCCCUCCAUUUGCACCAUUGGAGAUGCUCUUAGUUGUCAAGGUGCAGGAGGAAGGCAGGAGGUGGGCCGCUGAUAAUAUUAAAGUAAGAAAGGGAUAAACGUGAUGAUUUUGUCAUAUUCUAUAAGAAAUCAAUUAACUAAGCAGGUCAUUCCCAGAAACUGCUAGCGACCUCGUUGGCUAUAUAAGUAACAGAUUCACGAGCUUUGAUUCACAACAUCCCACAAUCAAGCUUACAAACAAACCAAUUCCCAUUAUACUACUAACCUUUGCUUCAGAAAUCCAGAUCGAAAAUGUCGACUACUACUACUGUUGUCGGAAACCAAAAUGCUGCCGGCGGCAUCGAUCGGGACUCAGCAAGCUUCCCUCUCACACAGUGGGGGGAUCGCUUUCUCGACCAAGUCGACCAGCAGAUCAGAUCCCCACUGCUGGUUGAGACCGAGUACGAUGUUCUCAAGGAAGAGGUGCGGAAGAUGGUCACAGCCGCCGAGGAUGACAAUCAGCUGCCGGCCAUUGUCGAGAAGCUUCGGGUGAUAGAUGCAGUCCAACGACUAGGUGUUGGGUAUCUCUUCGAAAAGGAGAUUGAAGAAGCACUUGAAAAAGUGCAUGCUCUUGGUGACGAACCAUUCACCAUCGAAGACAACACCACUGCACAUCUCUACAAUGCUGCUCUUCGGUUUCGACUACUCAGGCAACAAGGCCUUCCAGUGUCUUCAGAUGGAUUUAGAAAGUUGAAGGACAGUGAAGGAAGGUUCAAGGAAUGGUUGGCUUCAGAUGAGCAAGGGCUCUUGAGCUUGUAUGAGGCAGCACAUGUGGCUGUCCAUGGAGAAGGCAUAUUGGAUGAAGCUCUGAGCUUUGCAACCAAAACCCUCAAGUCCAUUCUUCCCCAACUCGACACUUCAUUCCAAAAACAAGUCAAAUUUGCUCUUGGCCUUCCGUCUUGGAAAUGUGUUCCUAGGUCACUUACAAGGAACUACAUCGAUUUCUACUCCGAGGAUGCCUCCCAUAAUCAUAAGCUCCUUCGAUUUGCAAAGUUGGACUUCAACUUACUCCAAAAGUUACAUCGCCAAGAGCUCCAUGAUAUUUCUGAGUGGUGGAAAAAUCUGAAUGUCACUACCAACUUCCCACAUGCAAGAGAUAGAGUUGUGGAAUGCUAUUACUGGAUCUAUGCUGUGUAUUUUGAGCCCAAGUAUCAACUAGCCAGAGUUAUGUGCACCAAGAUCAUAUCAAUGCUUUCACUUUUAGAUGAUACUUGCGAUAACUUUGCUACAGUCGAAGAGGUCAAGAUGCUCACAGAAGCUAUUGAAAGUUUCCAUGUACGCGCUCUCGAGACAUUACCGGAAACAAUGAAGAAUUUGUUUCGUAUCAUCAUUGAUUUGUAUGAUGAAAUUGAGAUAGAACUUGCAAAAACAGGACCCACCUUUGCGGUCGACUAUGCUAAGGAUGAGCUCAAGAAAAUAUGUCGAGCCCACUUGGCUGAGGUUCAGUGGCGUACCAAAGACCAUGUUCCAACACUGGAAGAGUAUAAGAUCGAUGCAUAUGUCACUAGUGGUUUUCCCAUUCUUUGCACAUCUGCUUUAGUUGGGAUGGGAGCAGAUAUAGCCACUAUACAAGCCUUUGAAUGGGUGACCAACGAACCGAAGAUGGUUAGAGCUGCAUCUGUCAUAUCUAGGAUCCAAAACGACAUUGUGUCUCACAAGUGGGAGCGGGAGAGAAGUCAUGCGGCUUCAGCAAUAGAAUGCUACAUGAAGGAACACGAGUCGUCGUCGGAGGAAGCAGUUGAAUUUUGUUGGGAGGAGAUUUCUAGAGCUUGGAAAGACAUAGCAGAAGAGUGUCAGAAACCAACCCCAUUGCCAGUAGCCUUGACAGAUCGUGUUCUGAACUUCGCACGCUCCAUUAGUGUGAUUUAUGAGAAUGGUGAUGGCUAUACUCAUUCUCACCUUUUGAAGGCACACAUCGCUUCAUUGUUCGCUGACCCUGUGCCUCUUUGAAGAAACAUCGUGCAAAAUUUAAUACCAAUCUACAAGAAUGUAAUCUGUUUUGUGUUCCAUUGUGCUUUCUUGAUUUCGUGGUCCAUGAUCUCUAUUUGUUUCUUAUUUGUGAUUGCUGGAAUGAAUCUGUAUGGUUUUGAUUAGUUACUUUUCCUUGGCAUUUGGAAGAUUGAGUUCCUAACGGAUCACUUUUAUGUGGGUGGAGAUUGAUGUUUUAAGAACCCAAAUUGUAUUGUUUUUUUUAAUUGAAAUGGUGGAGAAUAGAAUCAUCAACCUUCCUACUGUUUGAUUUAUCAAUAUGCAAAAAGAAUUCGACGAACUGCAGAAUUUUUGCCACAAUUAAGUACAUAAAUUCUUGAUAAGGUGGCUCUGAAAUUUAAAAAAAUAUAUCUAGUAAGAAAAUUUAAUUAUCAAU